AAACGUCGUUUUGGGAAUUGGUCUUGCGAAUAUUGACCCGGGACGUCCCUAUUGGUUGACGGCUGGUCUACGACUGUCUGUUUUUUAAUAUUAACUAUAUUAAUAUAUAGUUAUUUUAUGGCUAUAUGUUUAUCAGAAUCCCGUGUGUGUCAAGAUCCUGAUUUGGAUGUUCACCUGAGAAAGCUUGGGUAUUCAUUGGCACUUCCGGCCAUUCUUACCCACGUCAAAGAUUUGCACGUCUUCUGUAAAACCCUCUUCUUGAGUGGUGUGGUAACGAAAGAGGAACUUGACAAGUUUUUCCCCACCAGUCGACAGAAGGUGGCGUGUUUUCUCAUGAGUAAGGACGAGAAAGCCGUGUUCAAUUGUCUGGCUAAUCCGACCUUGACGGCAAUGGCAGAGAGCAUGAAAAAGAAAGCUUACAACUAUGUGGUAAACGUUGUGUUAGACCCUCCACAAAGACCACCAGACCCAAGCAGUGUGGGGAGGUACGCUCUGAUCGGUCUGGCCUCGGUCGGUGUGGGAAUAGCUGCCAUAGUGUCCGCACCGUUUGUGAUAGCAGCUGCUGGCUUUGGCAGUGGUGGGAUUGUCGCUGGCUCAUUUGCCGCCUGGUUCAUGUCCACGUAUGGCGGUGCCGUCUCCGCCGGAAGCCUGUGCGCCCUGCUCCAGUCAGCUGGAGCAGCCGGACUGGCAGCAUCCACAACCGCCGGGAUCGGGGCCGCAGGCAGUGGCGCUUCCUUCGGAAUUCUGUCCGGAAUUGUGGCGAUUAUCAAAAAGUUUAAGAAGAAAAGCGAACGCCAGAGGUUUAGGGAUAACCUGUGAGGAUAAAAUACGACGAUGUUAUAACUCAUUAAUAAGACUAAUUUAAUUUAAUUAAAGACUAAGUCUGGUUUAAAUCCAAGGCGGCUUACAAACGGAAAUUUUUUGGAACCUUUGAGAUCAAAAAAAAGAUUUGUGGAAUCAGAGGUGAAAAUUGAUUAUCGAACCGGGAUUGCCAGUGGAAAUUUAAUAGUGACUUGGGAAGGUACUAAACAAAUUGUGUAUGUAUAUAUCACUCCAUGCAUGCUGCUUUCACCCGACAGCUCUCACCUUCAUACAAUUACAGCUAAUGUGAAAUUUUUUUGAUCACAGCAUAAAAAAUACCAAUGAAAUAUUUAUUUGUUUAUUUGAUUUGUGUUCUACACUGUACUCAAGAAUAUUUCAGUUAUACGAUGGCGUCUGGCAUUAUGGUGGGAGGAAAUUCGGAAAAGUCCGGGGGAAACCCACGAAUAUCUGCAUGUUGCUGGCAGGCUUUCCCAUCUACAAGAAAAUAAAUACAACUAUAUGUAUAAUAGUAAAACCAGUGUGUGAGGGUGCAGUCCAAGUUAUUAUAGAAUGCCACUUGUUUGUCUAUUUACUGUUAGAAUUUUACACCAUACUCCAGAUGAUUUCUGGUGGACAUCAUUAAACCCCAAUCCAAUGACCAAUGAUUCUGGAUCAAAUCCAGGUUGGGUCAUAACAGACAACAUUGGUACUUAUUGUGUGGGGUGUCAUGUCUGGUGUCUUCGGCAUGGUACUUAAGUGGCAGCUUGGACUAGUUCUUUGUAAUACUUUUAUGUUAACGUCUUUUGACGUAAGAAAGUAUAAAUAAAUAAAUGACUCGAAA